AUGUUUUCCUCACAUCAUCAUCAUCGAACAUCGAGUACACGUCCAACAAGACCUAUACAAAUAGUUGUACCAUUACAUACACAUCGAUCAGCAAGUGUUCCACAUCGACAAUUUAUUAUUAUUCUAACAAAUAAUCCUGAAUUAUUACGUCAAACUCGAAUAUUUCAACCACAGAAAAAUAUACAAACAACUACAGUUUCAGCACAUAAUAGUGCUACAAAUAAUGCAGCAGUAAAUAGCAAUAAUAAUAAUAGUAGCAAUAAUCGUGAACAAAUACUCAAUAAUCUCUUACGAGUCUAA